AUGUCCCAGCCAGGCGAGCCUGUUGUGGCUGUCUCGCCCGAGAUCACAAAGGAAACGGAGGAGAAGAGACUCUCAACCGACUCCGACUCGGAUAAGGAGAAUCAGGAUGCCUUCGAAGAUGCCGUCGUCGAUGUCGCCGAGGUAGCUGAGGUCCGCUCCCUUACCCAGAGAACGCCGUCGUACCAGAGACCACCGCCCCCAGAAGAAACUGGCCCCGAACCCGAACCCCCGAAAAAGGAGGAGACCCAAGACAAAGUGGUGCCAGCUCCGCCAUCACCGGCAAAGGAAAGCAAUCAUUUUGUUGAGGACGACUUCGUGAGUGACGAUGACGAUGGCGAGAUCAAGCGGAAGGCGUCUCCCGUAUCCCACCGUCUCUCCAAUACCUCGGAUUUGGACGAUGUCAAGCUGGACGACGACCACCCUGCCCCACAAGAACCAGAAACGAAACCUGCUAGCCCCGUCCAAGAGAAGGCGCCCCCCAAGAAGUUGUCCAUUAGCAGCAUUACCGGAGCUCUCCCGUCCAUGCCAUGGUCGCCGUCAGCCGAGCCAUCGCCCGCCAAAUCCCCCAUAGCCCCAGUCGCUCCCCCGCCGCAAGGAGUUCCUGCUGCUUCCCUACCGCCACCUCCAGCCCCCCCCGCAAGGAAGCUCACAAGUCCCUUCUCCUGGUUAUCUCGCAACAGCAUGAGUAAGGAGAAGGAUACCUCGCCGCCGCCCCAAGCCUCGCCCCGACGCAAUACUGCUAGCUCCAUUGCAACUUUGACGAGCAACCCCGAGAUGAUGCUUAGCAGGCUGGACGAAGAGGAGGGCGAUGGUAUCAAUGGCGUCAAUGGAGCGCCCCGCCAUAGCUUGAAGGACCGCUUCAAGAUGGUGCGGUUACGGGAGGAGGCAGGCAUCACACUGCCGACCGAUGACGACAAACCUGUGCCACCGCCCAAGGGAUUGGGAUCGAGCACCCCUCCUGCUCAGAAUGGCAACGACAAGGAGCUUGGGAUUGACCAAGCGCCCAAAUCGCCCUUGCCCACCACUCCGAACCCGUCAUUGGCCCCCGGAACGGUAUCUGGAGUCUCGGCUGGCCCGUCAGACAUGGCUGAUUCUCAGGUGGACUGGGAUCUGUGGCAGUCGGUAGUAUACGAAGGCCCGGCAGUCGUUGCAAGGACAAGCGCCGAGGAAUUGAACAGAGCUAUUGCCAGUGGUAUCCCCAACGCCAUCCGCGGAGUCAUCUGGCAGGUUUUGGCCCAGAGUAACAACGAGGAGCUCGAGGUAAUGUACAGGGAGCUUGUGGCCAGAGGCACCGAUAAGGAAGUCAACCGGAACAGUCAAAGUACUAUCAGCUCGGGCAGCAACGGAAACCUCAGCAUACAGAAUGAUGUUGUCAAUUCUUCUUCCUCGUCGGUCCAUUCGGAGCAUUCCGCCGCAAAUGGCAUGUCGCCACCUCACGAAAAAAGCGCCGAGGCCGUGUUGAAGGCGCAGCAGGCCGCUGCCGUAGCAAGACAAAAGAAGCAAAAGGAGGACAACGCCAUGCUGCAGAAGCUUGAGAAGGCCAUUCGGCGGGACAUGGGCACGAGAACCAGCUUCUCCAAGUACGCUGCUGCUGCUGGGCUCCAAGAAGGUCUGUUCGGCGUGUGCAAGGCGUAUGCCCUGUUUGAUGAAGCCGUCGGCUAUGCACAAGGCAUGAACUUCCUCAUUAUGCCGCUCUUGUUCAACAUGACGGAAGAGGAAGCAUUCUGCUUGUUGGUUCGCUUGAUGAACCACUACCAAUUACGCGACCUCUUCAUCCAGGACAUGCCUGGUCUUCACAAGAACUUGUAUCUCUUUGAUCGCCUUCUUGAGGACUUCGAGCCGGCUCUCUAUUGCCAUCUCCGCCGCCGCAGCAUCUCGCCCCAUCUCUACGCUACCCAGUGGUUCCUGACGCUCUUUGCCUACCGCUUCCCUCUGCAACUAGUGCUCCGCAUUUACGACCUGAUCCUGUCCGAGGGCCUCUCGGCCAUUUUGCGCUUCGGUAUCGUUCUGAUGCAAAAGAACGUGGCCAACCUGCUUGCCAUCUCGGAUAUGCAGCAGCUCACCGUCUUCCUCAAGGACAAGCUGUUCGACGUCUACAUUGAUACGGCACCCAGCGCAGGAAGUAUCUUGGAGAAUGGCUUCUUUGGAAGCUCCAGCUCCAGCAUGGACAAGGAAGUAUACCGCGCCGACCAGUUUGUCAGGGAUGCUUGCGAUAUCAAGAUUACCCCUGAGACCCUCAAGGCGUACACUCUCGAAUGGGAGGAAAAGACAAGGGCGGAGAAGGAACGUGAGGCAGAGCUCGAGCAGUUGCGGACUGCCAACAUCAACUUCGCGGUGAAGGUACGUAAGCUCGAGGAGCGUGUCGAGGCGUACGACAGUGAGCAGGCCGCGCUCGCGACGGAAUUGGUCCAUACCAAGGUCGAGAACGAGGAGCUCAAGGACGAGAACGAGAGUCUCAAGGGGCAGGUUCGUGAGCUGCGAAAUGUAAUUGAGAAGCAGCCCGAAGAGCUUGAGAAUGCGUGGAAGGCCGAACGCGACGACCUCAUGAAGCGCAAUCAGAAGGUCCACGAGGAGAACGAGAGGUUGGAAAAGGAGUUGGCAGAACUAGAGGAAGAGCUUGUGCAAACGAAGAUGCAGUAUGCCGAGAUAAAUUCCCAGCACGAGACACUCACUCGCAAGUGGACGGACCUCAAGCGACAGUUCGCGUAG